GCUUCACUUCGCCCUCUACUUUCACGAAAACAACAAUGUCGCGCGGCUGAGCGCACCAUAUUCACUCCUUCGUUCACCCAGAACAUUCACGAUCACAACAACAUGGCGCGCUUUCGGGAGUCCAACGCGCCCGUUCAUUUCCGCUCCGAUCUCCCAAGCGCAUCGGCCCCAUCGAGCGGCAAAGCCAGAAUGCCUCCCACACCCGCAACCACGGCCUUCAACCGCACUCCUGCGGCAGCAUCAAGCAGUGGCCACAUCAACCGCACUCCGGCUUCAACAGGUAGCAGCAAGACAGCAGGGCAACCCACUCCCGCCCGCGGCGGCAAACAAUUCUUCGGCGGCAAAACCACUGCCUCAUCUGCUGCUGGUGGAUCACGAGGACUUGGCUUAGGAGGCAAAGGUUUGAAGCGGCAUCGCAAAAUCCUCCGCGACAAUAUCCUUGGCAUCACGAAGGGCUCGAUCCGCCGUCUCGCUCGUCGUGGCGGGGUCAAGCGAAUCUCUGCCACGAUCUAUCAAGAAACUCGAACCGUCCUACGCAAGCGACUGGAGACUCUGUUGAAGGACAUUUGUGCAGUCGUCGAAGUUUCUGGACGCAAGACGGUCUGCACGAGCGAUGUGGUGUUUGUGUUGAAUCGCCACGGAACUCCGAUCUAUGGCUUUGGGCAGGCACAGCGAGGUGGAAUCGCCGGAUGAGUCGAGGUGAAGCAAGAGUCAUGGAGAUGCUUCGACUCAGUGCGGGUGACUUGUUUUGCACGUUUCGUGAACGAUUUUGUAAGGCGUUUGACGGCGAGAUGACUUGACGAAUUGCAUCAAAGGAUGUAACGUGGGACAGGAAUUACUGUCCGGCAAUCCGUGAAAGGGUUCGCAGCGAAUUGAGGUGAUUGUUUAACAGCGUAGCAAGUGCUAGAGAUACCCAGUGGCGUUUGGCAAUGCAUGACUUGUACAGUUCUGGA